AUGGAUAUACGGAGAGGUUUUCCAUCGGUCGGUAAAUCCACGUUAUUGUGUAACCUUGCCGGUGUAUAUUCGGAAGUUGCUGCCUAUGAAUUCACGACCCUUACAACAGUACCGGGUGUCAUCCGGUAUAAAGGAGCAAAAAUUCAACUUUUGGAUUUGCCGGGAAUCAUCGAAGGUGCUAAAGAUGGUAAAGGACGUGGUCGACAAGUUAUUGCCGUUGCUCGAACAUGUUCCCUGAUACUGAUGGUGUUAGAUGUAAUGAAACCGUUGAUGCACAAGAAGCUUUUGGAGCGUGAACUGGAAGGAUUUGGCAUUCGAUUGAAUAAAGAGCCACCAAAUAUCAUUUUUAAAAGGAAGGAUAAAGGAGGUCUGAAUCUCACAUGCCUGUUGAAAUGGCUUUCAGUAAAAAAUGCUUCUAUGACCAUUGCUCAGGUACCUCAAUCGGAAUUGGAUGUGGAUUUGGUAAAAACAAUAUUGGCUGAAUACCGUAUCCAUAAUGCUGAUAUAACUUUGAAAUAUGAUGCCACUGCGGAAGAUUUGAUUGAUGUAAUUGAAGGAAACAGAAUCUAUAUACCGUGCAUAUACGUGCUGAACAAAAUCGACCAGAUUUCUAUUGAGGAGUUGGAUAUUAUCUAUAAGAUUCCCCACUGUGUCCCAAUUUCGGCUCACCAUAAGUGGAAUUUUGACGAUUUACUGGAAAAGAUGUGGGAGUAUCUAAGCCUUAUAAGAGUGUAUACGAAACCAAAGGGACAGCUACCAGACUACAACGCCCCCAUUGUGUUACCUUCAGACGCAAGGACAGUGGAUGACCUGUGCAUGAAAAUACACAAAUCCCUCCAGAAGGAAUUCAAGAAUGCCUUGGUGUGGGGUACCUCCGUCAAACACAAUCCUCAGCGAGUGGGAAAAGAGCAUGUCUUAAAUGAUGAAGAUGUCGUGCAAAUUGUUAAAAGGUAG